UAUCUGAAACAGUGGGUGGAGAGAGUGCUUAAGUACGAGGCCUCCCUGUCCUCUGGCCAGAAGACACCUGACAAGGACAGAUACAGCAUGGCCAGCCUGCGGACCCCGCUCCUCGUGGCUCUCAUCCUUCUUGCUGUGGCCCUGCAGACAUCCGAUGCAGGUCCCUAUGGUACCAACAUGGAAGACACUAUCUGCUGCAGAGACUACAUCCGUCAUCCAUUGCCAUUACGUGUAGUGAAGGACUUCUUCUGGACCUCAAAGUCCUGCCGCAAGCCUGGUGUUGUUUUGGUAACCUUCAAGAACCGGGACAUCUGUGCUGACCCCAACAUAUUCUGGGUGAAGAGGAUUCUCUCCAAACUGACCUAG